AUGCCCGAGUUGUGUUUUCAAGCCGACAAAAUGAAACCUGGAGAGACCAUAUCGACCUGUUUCGGCCGUUUGUAUGAUCAUGAUUUCGGACUGUUCUUCGAGAGUAAAUUUGAGAAGGUGGUGCUCAUUGAUGAGGCCCAGCUCACGUACAAUGACCGUCAAUUAUGGCCUGGAAUGAGACUCGCGUAUGCAGAGUUGAAUGAGAUGGUGCUGGGAGUAGAUUCGGACAAGAAAC